AUGGAACUAGGCAACCGCGAGACGUCAGUGGAAGAUGAGGGGAAGGGGAAGGGGAAGGGGAAGGGGAAGGAGAAGGGGAAGGGGAAGGAGGAGAAGAAGAAGGAGAAGGAGAAGAAGGAGAUGGAGAAGAAGAAGGAGGAGGAGAAGGAGAAGAAGGGGAAGAAGCCUGUGGCUGUAAAGGCCGAAACCACCAGCCGCAAACGCCAGCGCCCCGCAGAGGAUGAAGGGGAGCCGGGCCUCUUAAUCAAACAGCUCAGCAAGGCCAAGCAGAAGGAGCGGGAGGAGAGUGUCGAGGUCAUAGACCUCAAAGAUAUGGAGAUUGCUCAUUUGCGGGCGGAGAACGCGGCCUUAAAGGCCAAAGUCAAGAAUAUCGGGCGCCUCCUAGAGGCAGCGGUUGAUAUGGUGAAGGAGUAG